AUGGCGGUCGCAGGGAGUAGAAGACUGGAUUUAUGGUUAGAGGUAGGAUUUUCCGUCUUGCUCUUGUUCUUCUUCGUCGGAGCAGAAGCCGUUUGUCACCGCAGCUGCAACCUGGCUUUGGCUUCUUACAAUGUGUGGCCGGGUUGUAAUAUUUCAUUCAUCAGCCAAGUCUUGAACGCUUCGAUUCCAUCGAUUAGGAGCUACAACCCUCAAAUAAGCGAUAUGGAUUCUGUUGAAGCUUCCUCCAAUUUAAUCGUUCCAUUCUCCAACUGUGAUUGCAUCAAUGGCGAAUACAAUGCUCAUGUGUUCCAAUACCUCGUUAAUACUGGUGAUUCCUACCAAACUAUAGUUACGCUAUUUUAUUCCUACCUCACGACCACGUUAACGUUGCAGAGCGGGAAUAUUCCAAAUAAUGCCCUACUCAAUGUUAGCGUCAAUUGCUUUUGUGGGGAUAAUAGGAUCUCCAGUGAAUAUGGGUUGUUCGUGACUUACCCUCUUCGCCCGAAUGAUACCUUGUCUUCGGUUGCUGUUUUGUUCCACUUCAGUGAUACCCAAUUGGUGCAGCAGUACAACCCCACCGUGAAUUUCAGCUCUGGGAGUGGUGUAGUGUUCAUUCCUCACACAGAUGCUAAUGGAAGUUAUCUAGGCCUGGGUACAAAAAUAAGCUCAGGAAUUUCAAGUGCAGCAAUUAUCGGCAUAGCUGCUGCAGCAGCUGUGGGACUGGACGUACCAAGCUCGUCCAGAAAAAUUGUUUCCAUUGUUGUGCCAGUUGCCGCUACAGGAGUGAUUCUUUUCUCUGUUCUCUUGUAUUGUUUGCUAAUCCAGAAGAAAAAGAAGAACCUGUCAAAGGAGAAUGGUGAGAAUACAAUUAUAACUGAGGAGUCGUUGCAAUUUGAUUUCAAAACGGUCCUUGCAGCCACGGAACACUUCGCCAACAAGAUUGGUGAAGGGGGCUUUGGUGGCGUUUACAAGGGUAAACUUCCUAAUGGACAAGAAAUUGCUGUCAAGAGACUCUCAAAAAGUUCAGGGCAAGGAGCAACAGAAUUCAAGAAUGAGGUUGUGUUAGUUGCAAAGCUUCAACACCGCAAUCUGGUUAGGCUAUUAGGAUUUUGCUUCGAGAGAGAAGAAAAGAUCCUGAUCUAUGAGUUUGUACCCAACAAAAGUCUUGACUACUUCCUAUUUGAUCCUGAGAAAUGCAUGCAAUUAGAUUGGCAGAGACGUUACAAGAUCAUUGAAGGGAUUGCUCGUGGGCUACUUUAUCUUCAUGAAGAUUCUCGCCUUCGAAUUAUUCAUAGGGAUCUUAAAGCAAGCAAUAUCUUGUUAGAUGGGGAAAUGAAUCCCAAGAUCUCAGACUUUGGGAUGGCAAGAAUUUUUGGUGUGGACCAAACUGAAGCAAAUACAAACAGAAUAGUUGGGACUUAUGGUUACAUGUCUCCGGAGUAUGUAAUGCGUGGGCAGUUCUCAGUGAAAUCAGACGUUUUCAGCUUUGGUGUAUCAGUUUUGGAGAUUGUAAUUGGAAAGAAGAACAGUAGUUUCUAUAAAGUAGACGACACCGAGGACCUUUUAAGCUAUGCAUGGAGGCAUUGGAAUGCAGGAACAGCCUUUGAGUUGAUUGAUCCAAUCCUGAGAGAAAAUUGUUCAAGAAGUGAAGUGAUGAGAUGCAUUCAUAUUGGGUUAUUGUGUGUUCAACAAAAUGUAGCAGACAGACCCACUACGGCGAAUAUAGUCCUUAUAUUGAGCAGCUACUUAAUUACUCCUCCAUCACCCUCAAAACCUGCAUUUUUUGUGCCAACCAGAAUGGAAACAGACAUGCUUAUAGAAGGGGGAGAAAUGCAGGAAGCCGAGUUAAGUCAAUCUGUCAAUAAAGUGUCAAUCACUGAGUUAGAGCCUCGGUAAUAUGAAUGGAUCAAGGGUAAUGUAAAAU